AUGUCUCAAAUUUAUAUACCCUUUUCAAACUUAUUUUACUUUCUUAAACAAAAUUUUAAUCAAAUUUCAAACUAUUCCCAUCAUGUAUAUACGUCUAUUUUCGAUCAAUUCAAUCAACUUCUUUCACCAAAAAUUCCGAGAAAAAUAACCAUAUUUGUUGUGACACUAACAGGAAAGUUAGUUACUCUGGACGUUCAAACAAACUACACUAUUUAUCAAGUGAAGCGACAAAUAUUCGACGCAGAAGGAAUUCCCGUUCACCAUCAAAUUCUUACUUAUAACGAAAGAGUACUCGAAAAUAAUCGAAUUUUGGAGUAUUACGGGAUCCAAGAUAAUGUUACAUUGUUGGUAAAAAAGGUCGACAUAAAAAACGUGACUCAAUAUGUCAUUGAUCCCCAAAGUUUAGAUCCCAAGUACAAUUACGAUUUCACUGAUGUCAAAGAUAGUGGAUUAAAAUUCAUGCGGGGAAAAUUUGAGUAUCGACGCCCAAUUGGUUGGAAACGUUAUGCAAUCAAAGUACGUGGAAAGUACGAGAACGACGCUUGGUUAGGCAAAGAUACUUUUAGAACAGAAUCGUGCAAGAACGAAUGGCCAGUAUCAUACCAUGGCACGGCUUAUCACAACGCCAAUUCCAUUGUUAAUGAUGGGUAUUUAUUAAGUAAGGGGAAGAAUUUUGCAUAUGGUCGUGGAAUUUAUUCGACUCCUGAUAUUAAAGUUGCAGAGAAGUACGCCACAGAAUUUACAUUUAAAGGAGAGACUUACAAAUUGAUUUUACAGAAUAGAGUAAAUCCAAAAAGUCUAAUACCAGUAAAGACCUAUGUGGGAGAGUAUUGGAUCUCACCAAAGGGUGAGGAUUUAAGAGCGUACGGGAUUUGUAUUAAGAAAAAGGAGUCGUUCUUUUCAAAAAUUUUUCGUACUGGUAAACAGGAACCAAUGAUGUUAGAAGAGUCUAUUAAAGUAUCAAAUAGUUCUAGUGCAAAUUAG